AUGAGUGAUGCCUAUAUGGGACGCGACUUCCUCUUUCGAAUCCGAUCCGCAAAUCAAGUACAAGUCGACGCCGAAGAGUUCCGAUACGACGAUAGCAACAUGGGCAAUCGAAGAGUCGAGGGGACGGAUAGCGAGAACGACGUGGAGGCAUGGUUGGAGACCGUGAAUAUCGAGGUGGACCUCGAGGAGACUCGACAGAAGAUCGCGACUGAAGCACCCUCCACCCCGCAAACGAAGCCUUUGUGCCUCCAGCGAUGCGUAGCACAGUUUUGCGAGGAGGUCUCGCCAACCGACACGAACUUUUCGUCCGAUAUCGUAUUCGACUCCCCCAUUACCCCAAGCUGCAACGCUACACUGAACCGUCGAUGGGAGACCGACACCGAGGCUUCCAGCCUCGAUGACGAAGACGAGGCGCGUAUACGAAAGGAGAUUCUCAGCAGCGUGGAACAGCUCGACAGUAAAGAUGUCGAGAGCACAGUUCAAUCCACUCAAACCUCUACUCAAGGCCUGAUUACGUCGCCCGACGACCCUCUCCUCGACUUGGUCUCCCCAGAUCUGACGUCAAACCUGGUUCCGCCUCCUGGACCACCCCUCGACUUCGACCCUGAAGCAACCCACCUCGUCUGUCUGUCCUCCUGUCUCCAGUGCGUUCUGUCCGGCCUUCACUGCUCCCGAACCCUGCCCUCAUGUUCGCGCUGCAUACGCAACGGAAACCGUGACCUUUGCCUCGUACAGCGCAAGCGGCUUCACGUAGAGGUCUUCGGCGAGGAUGAUAGCGUGGACACGGACCCUGUUCUAUUAAAGGUAGAAGGCGACGGCAUCGAGAAGUACGACAAGAAACUCAAACUGCAGGACGAGCUGCUUAAGGUGUGGAUGAAGCAACAGGAGCGCGGCAAUUGGGUCAUUCCGGCCAACGACGGCAUCACGGGGGACUGGAAGACUACCGUUCUGAGAAAUGCGAUUGUGCAUCCUGGCGAGGGGAAGGGGCCGUUGGCAUAUCACCGUAUGCGAAUCGCCGAGUGGCAUGAAAAUGCGAAGCGUGGGAGAGUCUGA